AUGAGACCAAGUUCCGUUGUUCAGAGUGGGAUGCCAGGGGGAAAGGCUUAUAUGGGAUGGUGGGGUGAUAUGGGUGGACCAAAACAAAAAGGUGUUAUCCAAUAUUCUCUCUCUCCCUUUCGUCAGCGCGCUACGGCGGGUAUGUUGACCGGAUACUUAUUCAACGGAUUUUCGAGGAUUAUGGCACAGGUACCAUACUUUGUCCCACCUUUUGCCAUUGGUUAUGGCGUUUAUAUUUGGGGCAAAACUAGAUAUGAAUGGAAUAAUUCGAAAGAGGGUCAUCAUCAACUGUCGAUGGAACAUGAGGGAGGGCAUUAG